AUGGCUUUUCGAGAGAAUGUUUUCAAUUCAGCAAAAAUAUUGCUAUGUGGAUUUGGUAUAAUUGCAACUUUUUAUAUGGUUACUGAAUUGACAUGCUUCACCUCUACAUUGAAAUAUCACUCCAACAAUGUUAAAUAUCCUGAAGAGAUUUGGUUGAGAACUUCAAGAUCCCUCUUGCAAAAUAUGGCUUUGUUGACCUUAUUCAUCAUCCAGCAUUCUUUAUUUGCCUCUCAAAAGAUCAAAGAAGCUUUCAAUGACAAUGGUCUUCAAGUGAUAUUUCGUAGUGUGUAUGUGAUAGCUACUUCAGGAAUAUUAUUGUAUUUAAUGAAACAUUGGAAGACCACUCAUGAUGUGGUAUUGUGGCAAUUCAACCUUGACUACAGACCAUUUUUCUGGAUCUAUGCAUCAAUCCAUGUUGUGGCAUGGGUUACCAUUUAUGUUGGAAACAUUUGUUGUGAUGUCACAGAACUAUUAGGCAUGAAACAGGUUUAUUACAGUAUUGUAAAUUUGCCAGAUCCCAAUAGUAGAAAAUCAGUACAACUACAAAGGCUCAAUAGCCAUAUGAGGCACCCUAGUUUCCUUGCUUUUGUUCUUAUAUUCUGGAUGUAUCCAAUAAUGAGCUUGGACAGGCUGUUAUUAGCCACAAUUAUGACUGGAUAUAUGUACAUUGCCUGGAAUACUGAUGGAUCAGACUAUCAUUAUCAUAAAUACCAAUAUGAUAGAAAACAUCAUGAAUUGGAUUACCUACAAAAGUAUAAUCAAUGA